GAAAGAGGUUUUGUCUUUAUAUGGCAAUGCACGCCGGCUGCUAGUGAAGGUGACCACGUGCCAGGUCAAUGGAUGAUGGAGACGUGUUUUACAGUUUCAGAUUAGCCACCGGGCUAAGUUUAGAUGUGACAGGACUGAGGGCUUCAUUUAAAAUGCAGAAUGAGGUGGCAAUAGAGGCCACAUUCGUACUUCUGAACAAUUAUGUACAACUAGAGCUAUGCUUACAAAUACAGAUGAUUUAAGAGAGUUGAAUGAAGAUUUCUGAAAAUUGCAGUUUCCAGAUGUUUAAGUUUGCUAACUUUGUCUCACAAGCCUAAAACUAAAUACAGCGCAUAGCUAUAAGUCCAGGAGUGGGGUAACUGUGUUUUGUGACACGUGUUGCUCCACUGAAAACUACACAUUGAACAUUGCACCUCCAAAUGGCAAACAGAGGUAAAUGUCUCCACCCGGAAGUCCUGGGUGACAAUGUUAAAACAAACACCAUUUGUUUUUAUUUGAUAUGUUAUUUUAUUAUUUUGUAAGUGUAUGUAUUUUUUUGGCGUUACUUUUAUUUUCAACGCGUGUUGUAAAUGAAUAAAUAAAUUGAUACAUGUCACGUGUCAAUGACGCGUAAGUAAACAAUAAACUGAGCCAAUCGCAGAGCGACAGCUCGGUCAGCUGACGGAAGCUUCCGGGAUUGUCACGUCAAGUGUUGUGUUGUCAAAAUGGCAGGACACGAACAUCACCAUCACUUCUCUCCGUGUUUCUGCGAUUUAAUGAGGUUGUUGUGGUCCCUGGUCGCGCCCUGCGCCUACCUCAGCCUGGUCCUGACCCUGGUCCUGCUGCUCCUCCUGCUGGGGGUCCGGAUGUGGCUGCGGGGCCGCCGCAAGGCCCGCUGGGCGCAGGACGGCGGCCCCGCGGUUGCUUUCUUCCACCCGUACUGCAACGCCGGAGGAGGCGGGGAGCGGGUCCUCUGGUGCUCCCUGAGGACCCUCAUGAACCGAUACCCCAGCAUCUCCUUCGUUGUCUACACUGGAGACCAGGGAGUGACCGGCGAGCAGAUUCUGGACGGAGCCCGACAGCGUUUCAACAUCACGCUGCCUCGACCGAUCACUUUCGUCUUCCUGCAACACCGCUCACUGGUGGAGGCCAGUUCUUACCCACACUUCACCCUGCUGGGUCAGAGCGGCGGCUCCAUGUUCCUCGGCUGGGAGGCGCUGACCGCCUUCGUCCCUGACCUGUAUGUGGACUCGAUGGGCUACGCCUUCACCCUGCCCAUCUUUCGUUACUUGGGAGGCUGCGAGGUGGCGAGCUACGUCCACUAUCCCACCGUCAGCACCGACAUGCUGUCUGUGAUCAGAGAGAGGAACCCCAGGUUCAACAACGCUGACUUCAUCUCCAGAAACCCCGUGCUGAGCGUGGUCAAGGUGGUUUACUACUGCUGCUUUGCCCUGCUGUACGGCCUGGCCGGCUCCUGCAGCGACGUCAUCAUGGUGAACUCCACCUGGACGCUGGGACACAUACUGUCUCUGUGGCGCUCCCCGAGCCGCACCAGCAUCGUCUACCCUCCCUGCGAUGUCAGGGCCUUCCUGGACGUCCCGCUGGAGGAGGAGGAGGAGGAGGAGGAGGAGGAGAAGGAGGAGGAUAAAGAUGAUGGGGAGGAGGGCUGGGAGGAGCUCGGACCGGAGCUGGGGAGUGAAGAGGAAGGAGGGGCGGACAGGAAGUGCCACUCCAUCGUAUCGGUGGGUCAGUUCCGACCAGAGAAGGACCACCGACUGCAGAUUUGGGCGUUUCACAAACUGCUGGAUGGGAAAAGGGAGGGGCCUGGGGGGCGGGAGUCUCUGCGGCUAGUGCUGAUUGGCGGAUGCAGGAACCAGGAGGACGAGGAGCGGGUGCUGAUGCUACGGGGCCUCUGUCAGGAGCUGGAUGUGGCCGACCGUGUCGACUUCAAACUCAACGUGCCCUUCGAGGAGCUGAAGAGAGAGCUGGUGAAUGCCACCAUUGGACUGCACACCAUGUGGAACGAACACUUUGGUAUCGGCGUGGUGGAGUGUAUGGCUGCAGGCACCAUCGUCCUCGCUCAUAAGUCUGGAGGUCCAAAGCUGGACAUCGUGGUGCCGUACGAAGGCGGACAGACGGGCUUCCUUGCCGACAGCGAGGACAGCUACGCCGCUGCCAUGGAAACCAUCUUGGCGCUGUCUCCAUCGGCCAGACUGGAGAUCCGACAUAACGCCCGGCGCUCUGUGGAGCGAUUCUCUGACCAAGAGUUUGAGGCUUGUUUCCUCGCUGCCAUGGAGUCUCUGAUGCGUAAGCUGGAGCUAUGAGGAGGAACAGACGAGGCCCAGGGUCCACCAGGGACCAGGACUUGUGGCGUGAAGCAGUGAUUCAUAUCCAUGUUUAAAACAAGCUAAGCUUUCGACGCUGUGUGUGACAUAGUGUCUCGUUCCUCAUUUAAAAUAGAAAACUGAGCCGGCAUUGUUAAGUUCCUGGUGGACACCCAGAGAUAAACUUGUCUUUCUUAUCGGCUGCAAUGAAGCAAAAAAAAAACACACACAUUCCCAGUGACUUUGCACGUGUCAAACUCCCGACGAAUGUUCACCAAAUGAACAGAAACAUGGAGGAGCAACAUAGAUAAAGCGUUGAUCAGUAUCAGCAGAUCUCAAACGUCACUAUUCGACCUUCAUGAAAACCUCCCCCGCAACAGGGCUGAUCGCUAUAAUGUUCAUUUAUCAAAAGGGACCCAGCUUUGGAGAAGCAGACGACGGACCAAACAUAAAAGUUGCAUCGUGUUCACCCUUAAACUAUCAAUGGUGAUGUAACGAUGGCUGAGAAGAGACCUCACGCUUCAGGAAACUUUUAUUCCCAUUAUUCCAAGUGGGAAGUAACAUUUACGAGAGGGAAUCUAAUUUGGGAGUGUUUGUUCUCUUUAGUGGGUGUUAGAUGAGUUAUCAUUAAUGUCAUAUCACGGUGAUAUUUGGUCCAGGACCUGUUGAGCCUCGCUCACCACAAAGACUGAAAGCAGAGGGAACCGGCUAGCCCGCAUAUAAUAAUAAUAAUAAUAAUAAUAAUAAUACAUUUGGCUUCCAUCUGUUCUUAAAUUGCCUUACCAACACAUGUUAUCUCGUUAGCUAGCCAGCUAGUGGUUUUCCUCUUUGAGCGAUGCUAAGCUAGCAGUUUCCCCCUGCUUCCAGUCUUUGUGCUAAGACAAACCCAUGUAUCACUGGACGCACAGACAUUAAACUUAUGUCUUCUCAUCUGAAUAGGAAGCAUAUUUCCCAAAAAUGUUCCUUUUUUAAGUUGAGUUAAAUUCCAAACAGCUUUGUAUGCAACACCACUGACAGCUGUAGAUUUUUUUCUGGUGUGACUUUUGAUUUAUAAUGUGUUCAUGGUGAGGUUUUCAUCUGUUUUCCUGUUACUGAAUGAUUCUUGAAUAGAUGUGAAGGGGUUUGCAAUGUUAUUUUUCCUGACGAAGACUUUUGUUUUUGGUGUUUCUCUGCACAUCAACGGAGCACUUAAAAAGUGUUUGGGUUAAGAUGCUUGGCCAAAUAUCUCUCAUUUAAACGUUUCACUUCCUGCAUACCUGUUUGUAAUGAGUUCACAAAGAUAUUAUACCGUGUGAAAUAUAAAAGAUCUUUAUUUGGAAGAGGCAUUAUUAUUAAGUAUGUCCAUGUAGAGAAGACGAGAAACUGAUACAAUACUGAAAUAAACGCAAUUGCUAAACACUU